CUUAAAGGGGCCCAGGCGUGGGGCGCGGGAGGCGGCGCCGCUGGAUGCAGCGCGGGCUUGGCUGUCUGCAGCAGGUCACACUACUGAAGCCAUCUAGUAAAAAGAGCCCCGAGUAGGUCUUGUGGCAGUCUCUGAGACUGUCCUGAGCCAGGUCCAUGGCAGAGAAGGUGCUGGUAACAGGUGGGGCUGGCUACAUCGGCAGCCACACGGUGCUGGAGUUGCUGGAAGCGGGCUACUCACCUGUGGUCAUCGACAACUUCCACAAUGCCAUCCGCGGAAGAGGUGCCUUGCCCGAGAGCCUCCGUAGGAUUCAGGAGCUGACAGGCCGCUCUGUGGAGUUUGAGGAGAUGGACAUCUUGGAUCAGGCAGCCCUGCAUCAUCUCUUCCAGAAGCACAGCUUCAUGGCCGUCAUCCACUUUGCGGGGCUCAAGGCUGUGGGAGAGUCAGUGCAGAAGCCACUGGAUUAUUACCGAGUUAACCUGAUAGGGACCAUCCAGCUCCUGGAGAUCAUGAAGGCCCAUGGGGUGAAGAACCUGGUAUUUAGCAGCUCUGCCACCGUCUAUGGAAACCCCCAGUAUCUGCCCCUGGAUGAGGCUCACCCCACAGGAGGCUGCACCAACCCCUAUGGCAAAUCUAAGUUCUUCAUAGAGGAAAUGAUCCGAGAUCUGUGCCAGGCAGACCAGGCCUGGAAUGCAGUUCUGCUGAGGUAUUUCAACCCCAUUGGCGCCCAUGCUUCAGGCUGCAUUGGGGAGGACCCCCAAGGCAUCCCCAACAACCUCAUGCCCUAUGUAUCCCAGGUGGCAAUCGGACGACGGGAGGUGCUGAAUGUCUUUGGCAAUGACUAUAACACAGAGGAUGGCACAGGAGUCCGGGACUAUAUCCAUGUUGUAGAUCUGGCAAAGGGACACAUAGCAGCCUUGAAGAAACUGAAGGAGCAGUGUGGCUGCCGGAUCUACAACCUGGGUACAGGGACAGGCUAUUCCGUGCUUCAGAUGGUCCAGGCCAUGGAGAAGGCCUCCGGGAAGAAGAUACCAUACAAGGUGGUGGCACGGCGAGAAGGUGAUGUGGCUGCUUGUUACGCCAACCCCAGCCUGGCUCGAGAGGAGCUGGGCUGGACCGCAGCCUUAGGGCUGGAUAGGAUGUGUGAGGACCUGUGGCGAUGGCAGCAGCAGAAUCCUUCAGGUUUUGGUGCACAGGCCUGAGGCCUCACUCCGACCAGGGACCGAUCAGAAGAGAAAAACUGUUUGCUCUUCAGCCUCUGGCAAGAAAACUGGGACAACAGAGCCUCCCCUACCUCAAACCCUAGCAGGGUUUGCUGCAUCCAUCAAGCCUCAGGCCACUAGCUUCGUGGUCAGGAAUUAGAGGUCUCUCACUCUUCCAGUGUCAUCAAACCCACCCAUUGGGACUACCAAAACAAAGCAAGUCAGGAAGGCAGAGCCCUGGGAGGAAAGCCCCUCCUUGUGGGCACUAAUAUAUAUGGCUAUGACGGAGCUUUCUCCCAUAUUUAAGUAAAAAGGUUUU